CAGCUAUAUAUUAAGCCGCGAAAGAACGUCAACAAGCAAAAUCAGUUUUUACUGUGACUUCUUCGACAUUCUCCCAUUUGUCUUCUUUCUCAUCAAAUAAAUUCUCAGCGGCGACCGGAGAUCGGAAACGCCGUCCGUAGGAGAUUGUUUGGUUGCUUUACAGCGAAUCAAGAGAAAUGAAGAUUUCAGUGAAGACUUUGAAAGGCACUCACUUCCAGAUCGAAGUGAAUCCGAGCGACACCGUUGCUGAUGUGAAGAAAACAAUAGAAACAACUCAGGGUUCAGAGGUUUACCCGGCCGCACAGCAGAUGCUUAUUCACCAGGGAAAGGUUCUCAAGGAUGACACUACCCUGGAAGAUAAUAAAGUUGCUGAAAAUACUUUUAUUGUCGUUAUGUUGACCAAGAAGGCUGCAACUGGUGGGAGCUCAACUGCAUCAGGGACUAGUUCGGCGCAACCUACAGCUGCUGCUCAGGCAACUCAACCAGUGGCAGCACCUCAAGCUCCGGCUGAGAGUAUAAUAAUUCCGCGAGCUCCUGAGUCAACUCCAGCUCCGGCACCUGCUGCUGCUGCUGCUGCUCCUGCUCCUGCUCCUGCUCCUGUUGCUGCAUCUGCUACUCCCAGUUCAGAUGUUUAUGGCCAGGCAGCGUCAAACCUUGUAGCUGGAAGUACCCUGGAGAAUACUGUUCAACAAAUUCUUGACAUGGGUGGAGGGAGUUGGGAUCGGGACACAGUGGUUCGUGCUCUGCGGGCUGCAUUUAAUAAUCCAGAGAGAGCUGUCGAGUACCUUUAUUCUGGUAUACCUGAAGUGGCUGAAGCUCCUCCAGUGGCCCCACCCGCAGCCUCACCGACUGCGCAGGCUCCUGCAAGUGGGCAGGCAGUGAAUCCAGCAGCUCCCGCUCCCCAGGGGGCAGUUCUCUCUGGUGGACCUAAUGCAAAUCCUUUGGAUCUUUUUCCACAGGGGCUUCCAAGUGUGGGUUCAAACGCUAGUGCUGGUACCUUGGAUUUUCUUCGCAAUAGUCAACAGUUUCAAGCUUUGCGCGCAAUGGUACAAGCCAAUCCUCAAAUUCUGCAGCCCAUGCUGCAGGAGCUGGGAAAGCAAAAUCCGCAUUUGAUGCGGCUCAUUCAGGAGCAUCAGGCUGACUUCCUGCGCCUAAUAAAUGAACCGGUUGAAGGAGAAGGGAUAUUGGGGCAACUGGCUGAUGCAAUGCCACAGGCGGUCUCUGUUACACCUGAGGAACGCGAGGCAAUUGAACGUGUAUGCUUUCGUUAUAUCCUCUCUAGUUUUACUUGAUGUGGUUUGAUCUAUUUUCUAUAAGAGCAACGAUAGAGACAGUGACUAAUUAUAGUGAAAAAGUAUAGUGACUAAUGAAAAGACAAAUACGCCAUCCUCACUAAAUAUGUGCAUUUAUUAAUGAAGGGUAAAAAUGUAAUUUUUUAGGGAAUGAUAAAAUUUUAACGGGAAAGUGGCAAAAAACUAGGGGCCAAGAAUAAGCCACAUCACUCACUAUCUUUUUUCACUAUUUUUUUUCACUAGAUAUAUCAUUUUCCUUUUUAUAAAUAGUUCUAUUGAGAGUGCUCUUUGAUGGUUCACAUUCCCUUGUGCCGUGUCGAGUUUAAGCUCUUUUAAGGCUUUGCUUCCAACUGAUACUAGCGAGAAGGUGGUCGAGGCACUGCUUGAUUAUUAUCCAAUGAAAGAUAAAUAAUUUUUCCCCUGAUUUUUAUUAAGUUCUUAGAGGGAAGGGAGGGGGAAGUCACCAGAUAAAAGGGCAAUUUAGGAAUACAGAUUUGUUAAAAUAGUAGAUGAGAGCUCAUACAAACUUUUGCUUUGAAGUUUUCUGCUGAUAAUGUGUUUUCCCUUUCCUCUCCGUUUGGGUUAUUUUCAGAACACUUGCAUACGAGUUAUUUUGAUAGUUGGACAUGUAAUUUUACUGUAUUAAAGACUUACUGCGUUGAAAUGCGAUUUGUGCAGCUUGAAGCUAUGGGUUUUGACCGAGCUCUGGUGUUGGAAGUAUUUUUUGCAUGCAACAAGAAUGAGGAGCUGGCUGCAAAUUAUCUGUUAGACCAUAUGCAUGAGUUUGAUGAGUGAUUUGGUUUGGGAGUUGUAUCUAAGUCAGGCUAGUUUUUCGCUUCUUAAAUGUACUUUGACUUUGAACUUGCCAUGUGGGUUAAAUUUUCCUAUUACUGUUUUCAGUCUCUUAGCAUACUCUAUAUAUCUUGGAUCUGCUUUAUACUACCUUAAAAAAGUAUGAAGUCAUUUUUCUCUAUAUUCAUUUUUACCAUGAAGGCAAGGGCUUAAAUCUCUAUUAUAGCUAUAGGGUGGAUCUACAUUUAUCUCAUAUAUUGAGAAAACCAGUCUUUGUUGUUGCUUCUUGUUGUUGAUGCCGUUGUUUUAAAGUAAUGAAAUCAUUUGUUGGAGUUACCAUCGUGAAGUAUUGCAUGCGGUGGGUUUACUUGAUAUGAAAGAGGUAGAGAAGAAGAUUAUGACCAAGUUAGUAUACUUGAUUGUCAUCCAACACAACUUAAACAGUGUCUUGUGUGAGUUAAAAACACAGAGAUUUAAAUAGUCGGUUGUUCAUGGCUUCCCCAAAAAAAAAAAGUAUGGUUGAUUAAAUAAGUGAAAACAAUGUGGAUUAUGAAGUCUGAACUCUGAAGUCUGAACCAAGUAGUUUAAGGAAACGAAAGGAUUCGUCGAACUGAAAGCUAAUGUUGAAUUAAUGAUUCCUCAAAACAAC